UGUGCAGUGGUGUGAUCUUGGCUCACUGCAGGCUCUGCCUCCCUGGUUCAAGUGAUUCUCCUGCUUCAGCCACCUGAGUCUAGUGGAUAAUGUGCUGCUUGGCUGAAGGCUUCAAGAAAGAAAUGGACUAAGUACCUGAAGAAAUAGAUAAGUUGGCCUGGCGCGGUGGCCCAUGCCUGUGAUCUCAGCACUUUGGGAGGCCGAAGCAGGUGGAUUGCUUGAGCCCAGGAAUUGCUCACUAUGGGCAACAUAGCAAGACUCCAUCUCUACUAAAAAUUUUUAAAUUAGCUGGGUGUGCUGGCACAUGCCUGUAGUCCCAGCUACUUGGGAGGCUGAAGCAGGAGGAUUGCUUAAGUCCAGGAGGUCUAGUUUACAGUGAGCUAUGACUGCACCACUGCACUCCAGCCUGGGCAACAGAGUGAGACCUUGUCUUUUAAAAAAGUAAAGAAAAAGAGAGAGAGAGAGAAAUAAAGAAAAAAAGAGAAGGAAAGAAGAAAGAAAAGAAGGAAGGAGAAAGAAAAAGAGAAACAGAGUUGGUGGUUCCAGGAUUUUACUCAGAAUGACAUUAGGAAGAGAAGUGAUGUCUCCUCUUCAGGCAAUGUCUUCCUAUACUGUGACUGGCAGAAAUGUUUUAAGAUGGGAUCUUUCACCAGAGCAAAUUAAAACAAGAACUGAGGAGCUCAUUGUGCAGACCAAACAGGUGUACGAUGCUGUUGGAAUGCUCGGUAUUGAGGAAGUAACUUAUGAGAACUGUCUGCAGGCACUGGCAGAUAUAGAAGUAAAGUAUAUAGUGGAAAGGACCAUGCUAGACUUUCCCCAGCACGUAUCCUCUGACAAAGAGGUACGAGCAGCAAGUACAGAAGCAGACAAAAGACUUUCUCGUUUUGAUAUUGAGAUGAGCAUGAGAGGAGAUAUAUUUGAGAGGAUUGUUCGUUUGCAGGAAACCUGUGAUCUGGGGAAGAUAAAACCUGAGGCCAGACGAUACCUGGAAAAGUCAAUUAAAAUGGGGAAAAGAAAUGGGCUCCAUCUUCCUGAACAAGUACAGAAUGAAAUCAAAUCAAUGAAGAAAAGAAUGAGUGAGCUAUGUAUUGAUUUUAACAAAAACCUCAAUGAGGAUGAUACCUUCCUUGUAUUUUCCAAGGCUGAACUUGGUGCUCUUCCUGAUGAUUUCAUUGACAGUUUAGAAAAGAUAGAUGAUGACAAGUAUAAAAUUACCUUAAAAUAUCCACACUAUUUCCCUGUCAUGAAGAAAUGUUGUAUCCCUGAAACCAGAAGAAGGAUGGAAAUGGCUUUUAAUACAAGGUGCAAAGAGGAAAACACCAUAAUUUUGCAGCAGCUACUCCCAUUGCGGGCCAAGGUUGCCAAACUACUCGGUUAUAGCACACAUGCUGACUUUGUCCUUGAAAUGAACACUGCAAAGAGCACAAGCCGCGUAACAGCCUUUCUAGAUGAUUUAAGCCAGAAGUUAAAACCCUUGGGUGAAGCAGAACGAGAGUUUAUUUUGAAUUUGAAGAAAAAGGAAUGCGAAGACAGGGGUUUUGAAUAUGAUGGGAAAAUCAAUGCCUGGGAUCUGUAUUACUACAUGACUCAAACAGAGGAACUCAAGUAUUCCAUAGACCAAGAGUUCCUCAAGGAAUACUUCCCAAUUGAGGUGGUCACUGAAGGCUUGCUGAACACCUACCAGGAGUUGUUGGGACUUUCAUUUGAACAAGUGACAGAUGCUCAUGUUUGGAACAAGAAUGUUACACUUUAUACUGUGAAGGAUAAAGCUACAGGAGAAGUAUUGGGACAGUUCUAUUUGGACCUCUAUCCAAGGGAUGGAAAAUACAAUCAUGCGGCCUGCUUCGGUCUCCAGCCUGGCUGCCUUCUGCCUGAUGGAAGCCGGAUGAUGGCAGUGGCUGCCCUCGUGGUGAACUUCUCACAGCCAGUGGCAGGUCGUCCCUCUCUCCUGAGACACGAUGAGGUGAGGACUUACUUCCAUGAGUUUGGUCACGUGAUGCAUCAGAUUUGUGCACAGACUGAUUUUGCACGAUUUAGUGGAACAAAUGUGGAAACUGACUUUGUAGAGGUGCCAUCGCAAAUGCUUGAAAAUUGGGUGUGGGACGUCAAUUCCCUCCGAAGACUGUCAAAACAUUAUAAAGACGGAAGCCCUAUUUCAGACGAUCUGCUUGAAAAACUUGUUGCUUCUAGGCUGGUCAACACAGGUCUUCUGACCCUGCGCCAGAUUGUUUUGAGCAAAGUUGAUCAGUCUCUUCAUACCAACACAUCGCUGGAUGCUGCAAGUGAAUAUGCCAAAUACUGCUCAGAAAUAUUAGGAGUUGCAGCUACUCCAGGCACAAAUAUGCCAGCUACCUUUGGACAUUUGGCAGGGGGAUACGAUGGCCAAUAUUAUGGAUAUCUUUGGAGUGAAGUAUUUUCCAUGGAUAUGUUUUACAGCUGUUUUAAAAAAGAAGGGAUAAUGAAUCCGGAGGUUGGAAUGAAAUACAGAAACCUAAUCCUGAAACCUGGGGGAUCUCUGGACGGCAUGGACAUGCUCCACAAUUUCUUGAAACGUGAGCCAAACCAAAAAGCGUUCCUAAUGAGUAGAGGCCUGCAUGCUUCGUGAACUGGGGAUCUUUGGUAGCCGUCCAUGUCUGGAGGACAAGUCGACAUCACCGUGUGUUACUGGCCUGGAAACUGAAGGGAGUUUUGCAAAUGAAAAUUUAGAUUUCUAUUGACAUCCUUUUGUUUUCUAAUUUUAAAAAUUAUAAAGAUAUAAAUGGAAUUAUAAAUACUGUGACCUAAGAAAAGACCCACUAGAAAGUAAUUGUACUAUAAAAUUUCAUAAAACUGGAUUUGAUUUCUUUUUAUGAAAGUUUCAUAUGAAUGUAACUUGAUUUUUUACUAUUAUAAUCUAGAUAACAUGAUAUAAGAGGGCUAAGAAUUUUUAAAUUGAAUCAUAUACAUGAUAUAAUUUGAUCCUUCUUGUAUCUUGAAGUUUUGUACUUGGGAUUUCUGGACUGAUAAAUGAAUCAUCACAUUCUUCUGGUAAAUAUUUUCUUGGAGCUCUGUGUCAGCUUUGAUCCUUUGUCUCCCAGGAAGGUGUGACCUCUCCUUUGCCUGCAUACCUCAAGGCCAGGGGGAUAUGCCUCAGUGAUGCAUUUAUCUUUGUAUAUCAGGCCGCAUGAUUCCCAACUUUCUGCCACACUUAAAUUACGUUCCUCCAUUUGAGUUUUGUCUUUUCCGUCCAAAGUUCAGUCAAAGAGUAUCAAAAAAUUAUGUUUCAGCUAGACUGGCCUAAUGUAUAAGUUUUUGUAUCUUGUAUUAGAGGAUUUCGUAGCUUGUAUUAGAGGCUCCUUUCCACCUCAGCAUACAAGAUCGUUAGUCUUUUGGCAUGUGUGCCAAUUAGAAUACUAAAGCAAGUCCAAGCACAUUUUUCUCUUCUCAUGUUUCUAAUAAGUGUUAGGGACUUUGCCUCUUUUACUUACCACGUCCCCAAAAGUGUCAGGUAGACAUGUCACAAAUGGCUCUGUAGAGAGCCACGGGAAGAGAGACGGGGUGGAUGUGGAACAUAAAGGGUUCAGAAACUCCAGAAGAGGAGUGGGUUUUGGACAGAAGCAUUUGAGGACAGCUGCUCCAAAGCCGUAUGUGUAUGAUGAAACUUAACCACGGGGAAGAGACUCUUCAGUAGCCUGUUCUGUCUGGUGAUUUUUAUUUUAAGUGAACCUUUGGAUCUAUCUUUAACUCUCUUUAUUGUGAGUCUAAAUUCCAAUUCUGCAGCAGAUCAGUAAACUCACAGUAUUUUUCCUGUAGAAAUCUAUUCAAUAAGGAAACCAAGACAGGAUAAUAAAAUUAAAAAACAAAAACAAAAACAAAAAACUUUGAAUUCCCCUGCCUAGGUCUUCCAGUUGUUUUCCAGUGCAUACCUCAGGUAUGACUUUGCUAGCCAGGGACAAAAUUAGCACCUUCCGAUUCUCUAGUCCAAAUGAACUUUGUGCUAAAUAAAAAAUUAUUAUACUACAUAAUAAAAUUACAGACAGCAGGAAAUGCAAGAGCUAGGAGAUUCCUAGAUUGUAUCUGCCAAGCAAAUACCUUAAACAUCCACCUGAAAUCCUACUACCCUCUCUUCUGAGAUAAUUUGCCCAGCCCUUCUCUUCCCCACACUCACUCAAUGUCACCCCCUCUAAUCCCCAAAACUGUUUUUGUGGUCUUUGUAGCCUGUAGUAGUUUUCUCACAUCUUUCCCCCUAGACUUUUCUGUUUUCCAGUUUCAGACAAAAAAACUCUUCAGCUUUUUCCAGUGUGUCUCCUUAACAGUAACUUUACCAUUUGAAAUCUUAUUUCAUAGAAAAACUAAAUUGGUGUGGAAAGGCUGCACACAAUAAAGUUAUAUUAUUAUCCAUGAAAA